ACAAAACAUGUUCUCGAACCGACCAGGCAGGCGACACUCUGUGUCAGGACACGCCUCAUCAUCACUUCCCAAAAAUCGCAUCAUCGUCCCGCCACGGUACCAACUUCGAGCAUCUUCUUUGUUCUGUCUGAUCAUUCAAUCAGCCCCCAACUUCAUUUCACGUCCUGAGUAAUUCAUUACGCUACUAUCACUAACAAAGGAACCAAAUCUUCGUGCUACCCCAAUUAGAUGGGGGCAGAGAAAUGGAAAGGAACCAACGUGUCAGACAUGGAGGGUGAGGACGACCUCGACGAGGAGCCUGGGGAGGUAAUCGAAUCAGCUCCGCCUCUGAAGGUCGGUGAGGAGAGAGAGCUGGGUAGUUCUGGUAUCAAGAAAAAGCUCCUCAAAAACGGUAUCUCUUGGGAAACUCCUGAGUUUGGCGACGAAGUCACCGUUCAUUAUGUGGGUACCUUGCUUGACGGGACACAGUUUUGUUCCACAAGGGAUAAGGAUGAACCAUUGACAUUUAAGCUUGGUGAAGGUCUGGUGGCGAAGGGUUUGGAUCAUGGGAUUGUAACUAUGAAGAAGGGGGAAUGCGCAUUGUUCACAUUGCCCCCUGAUUUCGGUUAUGGAGCUGAAGGUCGUGAUGGUGUGCCACCUGAUUCGGUUAUACAAUAUGAGAUGGAACUUCUUUCGUGGAUUACGGUGGUGGAUAUAAGCAAAGAUGGUGGUAUUAUCAAGAAAAUUAUGAAGAAGGGAGAGAGGAAUGAAUGGCCUAGUGAUUUAGAUGAAGUUCUCGUAAAAUAUCAAAUGGCGCUUGUCGAUGGGACUAUUGUUGCAAAAACUUCGGCAGAAGGAAAUGAGUUUUACGUGAAAGAUGGCCAUCUAUGUUCAGCAUUGACAAAAGCAAUCUUAACAAUGAAAAGGGGAGAGAAGGUUACACUAAUUGUUCAACCUAAGUAUGCUUUUGGAGAGAAGGGGAGGGAUGCUACUGAUGGGUUCCCAGCUGUUCCACCAAAUUCAGUUUUGAACAUUGAAUUGGAGUUGGUCUCUUUCAAGUCUGUUAUUGAUGUUACUGGUGAUUCUAAGGUAUUCAAAAAGAUUUUGAAAGAGGGAGAGGGUGCUGUUGUUGCAAAUGAAGGUGCUGCCGUGACUAUUAGCUAUACGGCUAGGUUAGAAGAUAAUACUGUGUUUGAGAAAAAGGGAGUUGAUGGAGAGCAGCCAUUGGAAUUUAUCACAGAUGAAGAACAAGUGAUUCCUGGUUUGGAUCGAGCGGCGGCAACAAUGAAGAAGGGGGAGCGAGCAUUGUUGACAAUCAGUCCUGAGUAUGGUUUUGGGAGUGUUGUGGCGGAGUGUGAUCUUGCUGUAGUCCCACCAUGUGCAAACCUAUUCUAUGAAGUUGAAAUGUUGGAUUUUGUUAAGGAAAAAGUCCCAUGGGAGCUGAAUAGUCAAGAGAAAAUUGAGGCUGCUGGGAAAAAGAAAGAAGAAGGGAAUAUGCUAUUUAAAAGUGGGAAGUAUCAAAGAGCAGGGAAAAAGUAUGAUAAGGCUGUGGACUAUGUCAGUGAAGAUGGACCCUUUGGGGAUGAUGAGCAAAAGCUAGUAAAAGCACUAAAGAUUUCUUGCUGGUUGAAUGGUGCAGCAUGUAGCCUCAAACUAAGUGACUUCCAGGGGGCAAUCAAGUUAUGUUCCAAGGUACUAGAUUUUGAGUUCCACAAUGUGAAAGCUCUAUAUAGGCGGGCACAAGCCUAUAUGGAAACUUCAGAUCUAGUUUUAGCUGAAUUGGACAUCAAGAAAGCUCUUGAGGCUGAUCCCCAAAACAGGGAGGUGAAGUUGCUUCAGAAGACACUGAGGCAACUCCAAGUUGAAAGCAACAAGAGGGAUGCUAAACUCUUUACAAACAUGUUUGCACGAAUGUCGAAAGACUCAUCUGUUCCAAUGAAGAAAUUGAAGGUUCAGAAAGCAGUGCAUGAGAAGAGUGAAGAGGUCCUAGCAAUGGAAAUGGAAUGUGCUGGUGAUAGUUCGGCACCUUCUGAAGAUAGAAUGGCUGUUGAUUCGAGUUGAGAAACUGUAUUUUAAUAGAAGACGUAAUCUAACAAUCCAAGUUUGAAAUAGCACUUCUUAUCUUUCUAACAAAAGUUUAAGGUCAAAUGUUCAAAUUCGUAUUGCCCCCCUGGCCUUGCUCACUUGUAAGUUCGACAUAGGAAAAAACACAAGGGAAAAACAAGUACAAUUCUUGUAAACUGAAAGAAAGAGGGAUGGAAGAAAGGAUAAGCCCGGUAUAAAGAUGUGAUCUGUAUUCUCCAACAUUUCGAAGUAUUCAUAAUAUUGAACUUUAUGUAAAAGCUUCCACUGUA